AUGGUACUGCUGGCAGCGGUGUGUUUCUGCCGGGCCGCCAGGUUGGCUCCCGUCACUCCUAGUGGUCUUGCUGGCCUCGAAUCUGGCCCCGAGUCCACCUCUAAUGACCAGCUUGUCAGUGGCGGUCAUGGGAAUACUGGUUCUCAUAGCUUCCCGGUUAGACAGGGUAGUUCAGAUGACCUCCCGGCAGAACACGGUGCUACCGAGGACCCUUGGACAGGUCAAGAUAGUUCAAAAGGUUUUCCGCCUCGACACAGGGCCACAGAUGUUUCCUUAGCGGCUGGACAAGGUUAUCCACAAGGUAAAUCGGCUGAGCACAAGGUUUCACUAGACCUCACAGUAAGAAAAAUACCUUCCAGUAAUACUCAAAAGAAUAAGAAUUUCGAGGGAACCUCUAUCAAGUCAUCAGGUUCUUCUCCUGAUGGUGGUCCCGUCACCGAAGUCACUAGAAGCAACCAUAAUGCCCCCAAUAGCUUGGUCAGUGAUGGAUCAGCUAGUGCCGUCAUCCAGACAGUUGGCACCUCCUACAACCUAGAGUUGCCCUUAGGAUACGACUUCUCGGAGGGUUCUCCUGACGAAGAUGACGAUGGUUCAUUAAAGGUGGUAUCAAGCGUAAAGCACCGUGAUGGUGCCGCUGUUGGAGGUAAGACUCCUGGUUUGAUCAUUCGAGGUCACGGUCUUUCAGGUGGAGGUCAUGGGUUAUUAGGGUCGACUAAUGGAGGUCGAGGUACCAUAGCUGUAGGUGUUAGGCCGCCAGAACUUAUUGUUGGAGGUCAUGACGCCUCAGCUGGAGGUCGUGGACGACCAAUCCUUACCAUAACAGGUCACGGAGGCUUGACUGAAGGCAGUGGGCCAACAGGCUUUACUACUAUCAGUGGAGGUCACCGGAUAUCAGGUAGUGGUCAGGCGUCGUCAAGCUUUAAUAGCGGAGGUCAUGGUGGAUUAGGUAGAGGUUAUGGACCACCAGGAUUUACUAGUGAAAGUCACGGGAUGCAAGGCUUCCCUCACGGCGGAGUCGGAGGUUCACACCUUGGAGGUUCCUCAACAGGAUUCGUCGGCGGCGUCCCCGGAGUGUCCCAGGGGGGUGCUAAUGGCUACGGUAGACCAACUGUGAAUGGAAUCUUCGGAAAUUUCUUCCCUACUGGAUGUGGACUUUCUGGUCCGAGACCUGGACACGGGUUCAGUGGGCCACGUAGUUGGUACGAAGCCAAUGGUUUCAACUGUGGUCAUGAGACACGUGACUCGGAGGACAAGGGCUACGUUUAUAGUUAUGGUAGAUAA